AUGGUUCCACUGCCAUUAUUCAAACUUGCCUCGCUGCUCGUGCGACACGUCUCCAAAUAUGGCGCGAACCACAUCAAACACCAAGCACACGAACACCCACGAUUCCGGGCGUUUGCCGCCCGUUACGGGCAACUGAUGCACCAGAUCAACAUGCGGAUGUCAGUCGCCGUAUUACGAAACACGGAUGCGGAGCAACGAGCAAAAGAGAAAGCAGAAGUGCCAACGGUGAAAACGGAGGAACAAGUGAAGAAGGAGGAGGAGCUCAAAGCCAAAUACGGGACGACGGCCAAGGACGUAAUAAAGAAAGUACCAGUCAGCGUAUGGAAGCGCAAGUUCCGGCCACUGCCGGAGGACAAGGCGGUCGACCUCUUCGCCGACGUGAUCGGCGACGCUUUCAUCCUGGCCGUUGCGGGUGGGCUAAUCACGUACGAGUACUGGAGAUCAUCACAGAAGCCGGAUAAGAACAAAGAGAUGAUCGAGGACCUGCAGAAGAGAAUAGACGAUCUGAGGAUAAGAGAAGAAGAGUUGGAAACCAAGGAGCGCGCGCAACAGGAGAGGCUGCAGUUGAUUGAGGAAGCAUUGAGGGCAUUCAAGGAUCCCAAAACAAAGCAGCCCCUUUUAGCGACGCCCACCGCGGUAGCCUAA